UUUACUCACCGGACCGGAGCGCACCAUUGGCGGAACGGAUGCGAGCGCAAGGGCUGCGAAAACAGGGAUGGAGCCAUGAAGUUUUAACUUACCGCGAGCGCCAGACCAUUCUACGCGCAUUACGACCUUUCAUCUCGAAAUUUAAGCAACCUUCUGUAGCAGCGGCCACGGACAUGACGAGCGAAGUCAAGGGAACGCAGGUUGAGACCCCGUCGAUGAAGCUUCUUUUCGUUGAGAUGGGUGUCGGAUACGAUCAACACGGACAAGACAUUACUGCUGCGGCGAUGAAGGCAUGCAGGGAUGCUAUCUCUUCCAAUUCAAUUCCAGCUUUCCGAAGGGGGUCGAUUCCUGGUGUUAACAUUGAUCAAAUGAAGCUUCAGAUAAAGCUUGGGGUUCCCCACUCUACUCAGCAAUCGCUGGACAUUGAAAGGGUGAAGUCUGUUUUUCCGUAUGGUCAAAUUGUUAACAUUGAAGUCGUUGAUGGGGGAAUGAUAUGCUCGAGUGGUGUUUUCUUGGAAGCAAUGGGUGACAAAAAUGAUGACUGCUACAUAGUCAAUGCUGCAGUGGCUUAAAACUUUGGGAGAGGAGUUGAUUUAUCUUUCCAAGUGUGCAUGUCAUGGCUCAAAAGCUCAACAAAAGUGCUCUCUUUUAUUGAAGAAAAAGAAGGUUCUUUUGUAGGUAAAGGCUGUUACAAAUCAAUUAAUUUUGGAUGUCUUAAAAUUUGGAUCAAACGGACCAAAUAAUGUACAGAAAGAAGUCAAGACGAACAACA